AGAGCAGAGAGGAAGAAGCAAGCCAAGCAGAUCGAUCGAUUCGAAGCCGCGCGGGGAUUUACGUGUUGAUUACGAGUAAUAAUAAUAUACCGGGAAAGGAGGAGAGGCAAGGUGCAGUGGUCGGUGUGUAAACAGAGAAAGAAUCCAUGGCGCCGCCGUUGGAGAUGUCAACGACGACGACGAGGAGCAACCAGGCGGAGGCGGCGGGGCGGAUGCCGUCCAUGGAGUGGGAGCCCAAGACGCUGACGCUCGACCAGAUCAAGUUCGCAAGGGAGGCGGCGCUGUACGUGGUGAGCACCAAGACGGAGGAGGAGGCGAUCCGGAUCUUCACCGAGGGGCUCAAGUCCGUGGAGGUGACCGGCAGGAAGUCCAACUCCUUCGACUCCUCGUCCGAUGACGACGUCGACCUCGGCUGCUCCUCCGGUUCCACCAAGCAGCAGCAGGCCCGCGCCGGCGGCAGCAAAGGCGCCGGCGCCGCCCGCGGUUGCCGACGACGGCGGUGUUCCAUCGACAUCGAGAGGGACGUCGCCACGGCGCCCUUCUAGCUAGCUCCCUCGCUCCUAGAUAAACGACGCUGCGUGCGUACUUUUUUUUUUUACUUAGGAAGGGUCCCUUCUUUUCUUUUUUUUUUCUUUUCUCCCUGCAGUUCCCCUCUUGGCUUCUGGCUCUUUUUUUUUCUUUGACAAGGUUGGCUGCUGGCUUGGUUUGCUUGUUUAGAGGAUCGGAGCCCGCGUUUAGCAACCAGCUAGUUAUAUUAGCGCGGCAAAUUUUGAAGGCGCCAAAGGCUUUAGCUCAAGGACAUGUGAAGAGAAAGCUAGCGAGCGUGUAAAUGUCAGAAGCUAGCACUGUAAAUUACAGUUUUUUUUCCUUCUCACAAACUUUAGCGUUGCUUC